UGUAGCGCUCGCCUCGCGCCAGCAGAGCUGCUCAAGAGCGGAGCCUCACCUUGUACAUAGUAGCGCGCUCCGUACAACUGUGUAUCGCUGUACAUAGAAGACAGAGUAAAAACAAAAACAAGUUUUCCCCUCAAGAUCUGCAUAAGGAAUGACUUGUCAAUGCAGAUUUAAAAAAGCAUUUGUACUGUGGAAGGAGGUGGAAUUUAUUCGUGUGCUAAAGAUAAAUUAAAGUUAUCGCUGCGCUUCGGCACACACAAACCGGCAUCAUGGUUAGAAUGACGGACAGCAGCGCGGGCUCUCAGUCCAGCUGUGCCCAGGCCAGGCCUCUGCAGGUCGGCUUCUAUGAGAUCAUCAGGACCCUCGGCAAGGGAAACUUCGCUGUGGUCAAACUGGCCAGACACAAAGUCACGAAAACACAGGUUGCAAUUAAAAUAAUUGAUAAAACAAGACUAAACUCGACCAACUUGGAGAAAAUCUACAGGGAGGUUCAGAUUAUGAAGCUGCUCAAUCACCCUCACAUCAUAAAGCUCUAUCAGGUCAUGGAGACCAAAGACAUGCUGUACAUCGUGACAGAGUAUGCAAAAAAUGGAGAAAUGUUUGACUAUCUGACGUCCAACGGAAGGAUGAGUGAAAACGAGGCUCGUAAGAAGUUUUGGCAGAUUCUGACGGCGGUGGACUACUGCCACCGGCACCACAUAGUCCACAGAGACCUCAAAACUGAAAACCUGCUGCUAGAUGCCAACAUGAACAUCAAGCUGGGAGAUUUUGGAUUUGGAAACUUUUAUAAUGCCGGAGAGCCUCUUUCCACGUGGUGUGGAAGCCCACCAUACGCUGCCCCCGAGGUCUUUGAGGGAAAGGAGUAUGAGGGGCCACAGUUAGACAUAUGGAGUCUGGGUGUUGUUCUGUAUGUGUUGGUGUGCGGGUCCCUGCCCUUUGAUGGGGACAGUCUUCCAGCUCUGAGACAGAGAGUGACGGAGGGCCGCUUCAGAAUACCAUUCUUCAUGUCACAAGACUGUGAAAAUCUGAUUCGAAAGAUGCUGGUUGUCGACCCAGCCAAGCGGAUCAGCGUGGCUCAGAUCAAGCAGCACCGCUGGAUGCUUGCGGAUCCCAGUGCGCCCCACCAGACCCUUUCCCUGUCCCUCACUGACUACAACUCCAACCUGGGAGACUACAGUGAACCCGUCUUGGGUAUCAUGCAGACCCUCGGCAUUGACAGACAGAGGACUGUGGAGUCUCUCCAGAACAGUAGCUACAACCACUUCUCAGCAAUCUAUUACCUGCUGCUAGAAAGAGUUAAGGAGCACCGAAGCCAACAGCUGAGCCGCCAAUGCGGGGCCUGGAAUCAGAGGUCGAGGACGGCGUCCGAUUCCUCCACCCCAGAGGUGAUCAUGGAGUCGUCUGACAGCUUCAGAACCUCAGCCUUCCCUGUCGCCACCAAGGUGAACACUCCUGUACAUUCAGAGCUGGAAUGUGAACAAGGAGGCCUGUUUCAGCGUGUGGUGUGCCCGGUGGAGGCCAGCCUGAAUGGGCUCCUGUGGAACCGAUCCAUCUCCCCCAACAGUCUGCUAGAGACCACAAUAAGUGAGGAGGUGCGACCUCAUGACCUUGACGAGGAAGAGGGGAUGCUGCAGGUCCAGCUGCCCCAUUUGCCCAGCACCACCUCCCGAAGGCACACACUUGCAGAGGUCUCCGCUCGAUUCCACCAGUGCAAUCCACCUUGUAUUGUGGUUAGCCCCUCGGACGGUGCUUCUUCUGACAGCUGUCUGAAGUCCUCCUCGAACACCAACCCGGCUCUCUCCACGGCUGUAGGGGCUCUUUCAUCACUGCUUGCCUCCAAUAGUGGCUCGGAGGCAUCAGCCCCUGCUGGGAUGCCCCUCGCUCUUUCCUCCAACCUCCUCUUGCAGAACCAAGGCAGUAUGCUUGCAGCCAGCUUCCAAGAGGGGCGUAGGGCUUCAGACACCUCCCUAACACAGGGGCUGAAGGCAUUCAGACAGCAGCUGAGGAAGAACACUCGUGCGAAAGGCCUGCUGGGGUUGAACAAGAUCAAAGGUCUGGCACGACAGGUGUGCCCUCCGACCUCAUGCUCCAGAGGCAGCCGGGGGUCUCUCGGCCCAACUAUGUGCACUCCCUCAAGCCUCCAGAGCUCCAGCGGCCCCCGCGAGCAUCGCAGCAUGCUGGAGGAAGUUCUGCACCAGCAAAGAAUGCUGCAGAUCCAGCACCAGCCUCAGCCCCAAGUCCAGUCUCAGCAGCCAGUGCUCUUCCUCUCGCAAUUCCACCCCUCAUCUCCUCCCUCCAACAAACUCUUCGCCCCCGCCACUCUCUUUUCCAACCCCCCGACUCAACCUAUUCUCCCUCCAUGCCAGCAGACCCCCAUCACCUUCCAGCACAACCUGUGGCAGCAGCAGCAGUCUCUUGACUCCUCUUCCUCGUCCUUGUCUCCCGUGUCAUCUGCUGCCCAUCUUCUGGAGGCUCGUCUACACAUCAGCCAGCGGCCACAUCUCCACCCUCAGUCCCCACAGCACCUGCAGAUCCAGUCCACCAUCCCAUCCCAGGGACUUUUCUCCUUCUUGCCCCAUCAGGGCAGUUGGAGCCUGAGCACCAGCAUCGAGCCUGAACCUGAUGUCCAGGAGCUGGUCUGUGUUGGUCAAAAGCAGCAACUCAGCAGCUGUGUCAUGGUCAAGUAAAGAAGGCUUUGAACACUUUGAAGAAGGUCUUAGAGUGAUGCUGACUGCUUCCACCACUCUUACUCCAGAGUGCGCCAAUGGUGUUGAGCAUCAGAACUUGAAAGUAUCUCAUUAUGAUGAUGCUCUCAAUAGUUUUCUAAUGCAAAGGAGAGACUCUCUCUGGACACACAAUUCCAUGAUUGUGUCUACAUGUGUUGGAAUGACCAGAGAAAAUAAGAAGAAGCAAUAACCAACCUCUUCAUUGAGCCCAUGACUCUUGCCAGGUGCUCCUGUACACACAGCAAUAAAGGACGGGUCGCUGAACAAGGAACUGAAUAGUGUGAGUUUUCAUCCAUUUGUUAGUGGGUCCACACUAUACGUAAAACUGGCCUCCACAAUCGCGAAUGAUUAUGUCAGAGACGCUUGUUUAUCCUUGAUACAAGUAUGAAAAUAAGACGUGAUGUCUUCCUUAUAGAUCUUUCCAAUGAUUUCCUUUCAGAUCCUUACAUCUGUUUUACAUCUCCAGAGAAGACCAAAGUUGAUUGCUUUUUUGCCUCGUUGAUUUCUUUCCUAGACGUUCUUGAAACAAAAUGCAGUAUCUGACUUAUCCAUACUUCCAAAACUAAGAAAUAAAUACUGUCAUUUCACCUGUGAUGUGAAAAUAUGCGCAAACUAGCCACACUAUGCCUCCAAUGAUGUGGGUGCAAUGAAGAGGCGCCUUAGCAUAAGGGGAACGUCAAGACAAAUGAGAGUAAGCUAGAUAUAAGCACAAGAGGUACUGCAUAGUGUUUAUUAGACCAGGUCUUUGGGUUUUUGCUGUCUGUGACAAUGACUUUGAUGCUGCUUCAUGUUUAGUCACAUGCAUACAAAGACACUAGACAAUUAUGAUCAUACAAAUGUGCACCUACCAAUGACUUAAUGAAAUUAGGAGACAUUGUCCGGCCAAGCCGUUCAGUUUUGGUCCAUCAAGACUCCUCUUCCAUCAGUUCACUACCUCCUCAAUAACUGAUCUUUCACCUCAAAAGGCUGUAUCUCAACACACACUGUAUGAGAAGUUUGGCCCAUUACAAUGUCUUGAACCCAUGACCCUCGUUAAUGGUGUAAAUUAGCUUUUUUCCUUCUUUUUUUUUAAACAGUGAACAAAGAAUAUGAGUAUAGUGCAAUAUUUCACAUUGAAAUGUAAAACCAGGAGAGGAAGCUGUUGUAGGAAAGCAAAAGGUACUUCAUGCCUGAUAAUGCUAUUUUAUUCUUUCUUUUAUAGAGCAUGCUUUUUUCUGUUUGUAAUGAUUGUAUGUACGAGAUUAUUUUAAUAAUGUAUUCUGCAUGAGCAUAGGAAAUAAGAGUCUGGCCAUUUUGUACAGCUUGUUGACACAGGUUGCCUUUGCAUCCAGGCUGGCUUUGUAGAACGGCAGAACUAGAAAAAUUACAGGAAAAGCCAAAGAGAGAGCGCAGGGAAGAUCAAGAGAAACAUACACUUUUCUACAGAUGUCACGUGGUGAAAAGCUCUCCUUUUAUUAAAGUGUAGCACAUUUAAAUCUCCCAAAAGCAGUCGUACUGCUCAGAUGUAAAAAGUAGCUGCCUCCUCUAGCUAACACAUAUUUGAUAAGCAAUCAUUUUAGGUUCUCGCUUUCUCAGAAAUGCCAUGCAUUUACAUACUCGUAUACUUUUUUUAUAUUAAAAUGCACACACAGAUGCAGACACACAUAGCUGAAGAUGUCUUGUAGCAAUAGAGUUUAAUUUUAUAAUGUUUUUUUUAGCUUACAAUCUAGGUGCUAGAAGUAGAUUUCAGAGGUGUUUCUGGGUUUGUGUGCAAUUUAGAUGAUAUAAUCGUAUGUUACCAUUGUUGAAGCUCCAUUUGCUUGAAGUUUUUAUAGCUGUAAAUGAUCCUGUUGCAUGUCUGUCUUUUGUGAAUUUGACAUAUUUGUGCAAUGGUUUUUAGUAGAUUAGAAAAAAAUCUGUACUGUGUUUCCAGAUUGGGUCAUAAAACGACAGUGUUUGAAAUCAGUGCAGGUAAAGAUGUGUUGAAGGUAAAGCUGUUGAAGGUGAUGUAAGAAACAGUGUUAACUCCCCUUUCCUUUUACACCCACCACCAAACUUGUGCCUUGUCUGAACAAAUCCAGUGGUGGUGAUUUUUUUUUAAAUUUUUUUAAGUUUUAGGAUGUCAGAAAGCUGCAGAGUUGUGUAUCUUGUGCUUUUUGUUAGUUCAAACACCCCAUUUUAUACUUUAAUUUCAUUUGCUGUUUGACAAUUAUGCACUUUAUGAUGACAGUUGCUUUUGAAAAUAGUGUUUAUUUCCACUGCAGGUAUAGACAAGUCUGUAGUUACUUUUGAAACACUAUGUUUUGAUGCUGAACUGUUCUGUUUUGAUUUUUUUUUGUUAUAUUUCCCUGAUGUGCUUGCUUGCUGUAUGUGUGAUUGUACAUGGCUGUGUGAAAGUAUAUGAGAGAUGAAGUUUUAUUUA